CCUUCGACAUUUCAAGCUGACUCUGUUUUUUGCGGAUGUUCCCUCAGUCAUGUGACUGUCACUUUUUGGCUCCCUUCAACAAUUUUGCAAAAAAAGGCAAGCCACUGGGCAUCAUAAACUCUCUGUCGAUUCCAAUCCUUUGAUCCACCUCCCAUGCCCUACUUAUCCCAAGCAGAGCGUGAUUACAUUACAGAAGGCGUUCAGAGCGAUCUCCGAGCCGAUGGACGUGGACGACUGGACUACCGUGCUUUGGUCUUGGAGACUGGAAUUAUCUCCCAGGCCAACGGCAGUGCUCGCGUGCGCUUAGGUGACGGAACAGACGUUCUUGUUGGCGUCAAAGUUGAAAUAGACCAAGUGGAACCUGAUGCCGAUAAUGUUGGUAAAGUUGUUUGUAACGUGGAAUGCUCUCCUAGUGCAUCUCAGCAAUUUGAAGGUCAUGGAGCGGAUGAUCUCAACAAUGAAUUGACACAAGCACUUCAAAGAGUCCUUGGUGGGCCACAAUGCGGCAUCAACUUUGAAAAACUUUGUAUCAUAAAAGGCCAACAAUGCUGGAUUGUUUACAUCGAUGCCAUGAUUCUCGAUUACUCUGGAAAUGUUCUGGACACCAUUUUUAUGGCAACGAAGGCGGCACUUUUUAACACACGGAUACCAAAGACGCAGAUUCAAGACUUGGGAGAUGGUGAAUUUGAAUUUGAGGUCCUAGACGAUGUGGAAGACGCUGAACGAUUAGAUGGCAUAGAAAAUAUACCCAUCGGUGUCACUCUCAAUAAGAUUGGGACUGGCCAUAUCAUCGAUGCUUCACCAUUAGAAGAACUUUGCACGGAAGCCAAACUCACCAUUGCUGUGAACAAGGAUAGCCAAAUUUGUGGUAUUCAGAAGGGCGCUGAGGGUGGUAUUGAACCGGGGUUAAUGAGCGAAAUGAUUCAAACCGCCAAACGUAUCGGGCAGUCACUCAUUCAGCAACUCGAUCAGAAGCUCCAAGAUGAAGAACAACAAGUGGAUGAAAAGCGACUUAACGGAGAAAAUAUAGAAAAGCUUGGCUUCUUUGCCAUGGUUUGAGCCAGUGCUACUGAAUCGAUUUAUUUGUAAAUACACGCAGAAAAUAAAAAAGUAUAAGAAAAAAAAAAAAGAGAGGGAAAA